CGCUCAUCGGACAUUGUCAAGAAGGCGCCGACACAUCUGCCUCUUUACUGUAUGUCCAGGCUACAGCGUUUUUAUUUAAACACACAUAAACCUCCAUUUCAUGAGGUGUGACGUUUUUAUUUUAUUCUAAUUGUUCGUUAUGUAGUUCCGAAUAUUUCUCGCUAACGUCCAACUUCAAAAAAGCCGCCACCGCGCUAACUAGCUCGCCAAUGCUAACGUCAGCGAACGAGUAUCGUGUGGAUGAAGCCUCGGCGAGGUCGACUCUUUAACAUUUGUUGCGAGCCGCCAAUAAAUAAAGAAGACGACGACAGCUGCCCAUUCACCAAGAGGUCGGUUGAAGAGGAGAUUGUUGUGGGGAAAGUCUUGUGGCCCUGUUGGUGUCAGAAUAACGGGCUACUAUGGCGGUGGCUCCUGCCUCCAUUGGAGACAAAAUCAUCAUCCUGGACUAUGACGAAGAGGAGUCUCCGAGACCGUCGUCUUCCGCUUUGGCCUCGUCCUCUUCUCAGGAUAAAGCCCGAGCCGUCUCGUCGCUCCGAGCACAGCAGCCCACCCCGACCCACAUCACCCAGUCCCCUUUUGCGACGGCCAAGAAGGAGAAGCACGUUCUUCAAGCAGAGAAUGAAAAGUUAUUUUCAGAGUUUGUAGAAUACUGCUCGGCGAUGACAGAGGACUGUCCCCAGGUGAUGGCCUUCCUUCAAACCAAGCACUCCAAAGCCUGUCCGGUCUACCUGACGUCCGUGGAGUUCCGCAACAGUUUGGGCCGAUGUUUGACCCAAGUUCAGGCGAACCGCUCCAAGACCUUUGUCUACAUCAACGAACUGUGCACGGUGCUGAGGCAGCACGCCGCCAAGAGGAGGCAGACAGUGACUGCGGUCGAGCUCGCCCCCUCUACCUCGACAUUGAAUUGUCUACCGUCUACUUCGGUCAAGCGCCAAACCAGAAGACAGACUAAUGUUGAGACGAGUGAGCAGGAAGCUAGCGGCAAACCAGCAGCAGAAGAUAAACAGACUACGUCAGACCUUCAGGAUGACCAGCAGAAAGCAGAGAAAAAGGCAACGAGGGCGUCUCGGAAACAGAUCGCAUACCUGGAGAAGCUGCUGAAGGUCUACAACGAUGAGAUCUGCCAGCUUCAGCGUGCUGAGCUGUCUCUUGACGACAUGGGGGCUGAGGACUCCUUGUACAUCCAGGAGCACAAGCUCAAGCGCAAGAUGAUGAAGAUUUACGAAAAGCUUUGUGAGCUGAAGGGCUGUGGAUCACUGACAGGCCGAGUCAUCGAGCAGAAGAUUGUUUACGGUAGCACGCGCUAUCCUGAGAUCAACAAGAAGAUCGAGCGCUUCAUCAACAGCCCUGAGGCCCGGAAGAACCCGCCUGACUACCAGGACAUCCUGCAGCAGGUUCUGCUAGCCAACAAGCGCCACAACCUGUGCCUGAGCAGGAAGCAGCUCAACCAGAUUGCCCAGGAAGCCUUUAGGGAGACUGGCAGCCAGAUCCAGGAAAGGCGCCACCUGGACCUGGUCUACAACUUUGGUUCCCAUUUAACGGAUGGCUAUGUGCCCGCCAAAGACCCGGCGCUGGUGGACCAAUCGCUGCUACGGAAGCUGCGCUCAAACCGGGAGGUGGCUCUGAACCACCUGGAGGACGUCAUCAGCAAAUAUGCAGUCCAACAGGAGGACACAGAGGAGCAAGACAGGAUGCGACGACAGGGCAAAGACAGCAAGGAGGGCUCAAAGGCAGAAGGAACCAAAGCAGUCAACGGGGUGGAGGAAGAAGAAGAGGAAGAGGAGGAUGAAGACGAUGCGUCCUCAGACCCAGACAUCGAGGAAGAGAUCCAGGCCAGCACCCAGCAGAAUGGUGCAGACGAUGGCGACAACGAGGACGAUGGCGACAACGAGGAGGAUGGCGAAAACGAGGAGGAUGGCGACAACGAGGAGGAUGGCGACAACGAGGAGGAUGGCUACAACGAGGAGGAUGGCGACAACGAGGAGGAUGGCGACAACGAGGAGGAUGGCGACAACGAGGCGGAUGGCGACAACGAGGCGGAUGGCGACAACAAAGCGGAGCAAACAUUGGACGCCCACAACACGGAAGAUCAGACGUUGCCAAGAAGCGUCCCUAUGGCUGAGGCAACAACGGGAAGCGUAAAAGACAAGGCGCUGACGAGUGAGGGGCUCUCCCGUCUCUCCGAUGUCACCAAGUCGCUUAUCACGCCAGUGUCGGACGUCACAUCUGCCAGCAACAGUCCCAGCCAAUCGGAGUCCUCGCACGCACCCUCAGCCAACGGUACCAGCAACAUAGCCAACGACAGGGCAUCCUCGCCGAUGCUCCCAGCAAUGUUUGCAAAGUGCAACUCACCCUUUUCUAACGGCACAUCGCCACUGAGAAAGAGCCUGAAGAGGAAGAGGAAGGUCAUAAAGAAUCACAUCAGCGAGGUGGGUAUGCUGCUGGAUAUGGGUGUCAUCUGCGCCUCUCCACCGCAGGCUGAGGGCGAUCAAGCCGAGACGUCUGACUGUGAACUGGUCAGCAGCUCGCAUUCGCCGCCUCCCAAGAAAAACAAGGUCAACGUCGCCACUCAGUGCGACCCUCAGGAAAUCAUUGAGCUCUCAGACUCGGAAUGACGUUUCUUCAGUGCGGACAGUGACAAAUUGACCAAGUCCUGCCGCCACAUAUCAAAAGAAAAUAAACACUUAUGUCUUUUAGCUGCUCGAUCGGAUGUGAACUUCCUCUCAGGAUGCCCCACAACACAUUUUUUAAAGAGUGUUUGUGGUCCCCACCACGGGGCACGAGUACACAAGUCAGUUUACAUUUUUUAUACUAUUUUUAUUGCGUGAGCUGGUCCUGCUGUCAUAUGUUCACUGCAAUAUUUUAAUUAUGUUUUCACCUUUUUUUUUUGUCCAAGGUCUUAUUUGAAAAUCCUGAGGUGAGUGGCAAUGGAGCAUCUUAAAGUGGCCACACUUUUAGCAUUUUAGCGCUUUAGCGAGCAGCAGCAAUUGUGAUUUAUAGUGCGAGUGCAACCAUCCAACUUUGACCUAAAAAAAAAUCAAAUAAAGUUUAUAUUUUGUAUCAUGA